UGUCAAUGUCGAGAAUGAAAAUGAAAUUCGGAAAUUCGUCUUAUAAAAUAUAAACAAACUGUUUAUUUUGCAAAUAUUACAAAUGUAUGAACUUUAUUGAAAGAAAACAUCGUGUUUAAUCAUUCUUACUAAUAAAAUUGACCUUUUAUAAAAGUGUAUCGUGUUAGAAAAUGACUAUACGAGACUCGAAAUUUGAUGCAGAAGAGGGUAACCGUAUGUGGGCGAGCGCGUCAUUCGUCGGCGUGCUGUUCAUCAUCGGUCUGCCGCUGUGGUGGAAAACUACGGAAGUCUACAGAGUUGCCUUGCCUUACGACAAGAUCAGCGAAUUCGAUACAGAGGCGCACUACAUCACGACAGAGCUGACGGUGCUGGCCAAUGACGAGCAAACCGCCAACAACCUCGCAGAACUGCUGAAGAAGGAGUUCGAACAAUCUGAUGUCAUAAAAUUCAACAUCCGGAAGCAAAUCCUUCCGGAAGACCUGAGGCAAACCCUAGACGCCGUAGCUGACGAACAGGAGGCUCUGGAGGAAGUCGGAGCAGCCUUUGACACCAAGCUUCAUAACACCUUCUACGUUGUGCAAAGGAAACCGCUCUUCCAGGAUGUUUGGAUUGGAGGAGAGAGGAUCGCUUUCUUUAGGGAUUCCAAAGCUGCGCCAACCCUCAUCCAAGCCCUAAAGAACUGGAUAUAUGAGCCAUCGGUACUCCACGGCGCGAGGUCAGAGACGGCGGACGCGGCGCGCCAGGUUCGGUUCCCGAGCGGGGAAGGGUUCCAUGUGGUGUUGUCUGUGGUGCACCCCAAACCGCAGGCCAUGACGGUGGACUUCACUGCUGGGGAAGCUGUUGAAAAUUACAUUGGUUCGUUUGUGGACGAACUGUCCGAUCUCCACAACUUCACGCUCAAGUCGCAGUGGCUCCAUCUAUUGGACUUUAACUUCCAAACCAAAGAGACACCGGAUACGUCGUCCUGGGGUCGCCAUUUUGCCGUGCGUCACGACAGACUGCCGUUGCUGCUGACGCGUCUAGAGGAGCGCGCUGCGACACACGUGUCCGACAAACCUACCGUUAACUUGGCGCUGUAUGUCGUGCCGUGCGACAUGGCGCCGCUGGCUAUAUACGACACCAACAAUGACAGAGUGAUGUCUACAGUGCAAGCAUUCAUGUCGCCAAAGUGGGGCGGCGUGGUGCUGGGCAGCCCCACGAAGGACGAGUGCGAACAGAAGCACUAUACGCCCGACGUUAGACUCAUCAUGGGCACCUUCGUGGCGCAGCUCAGGAAACUGCUGGGCAUUACUGAUAAGGAAAAGAUACCAGGCGCUCACUUGGAGACACUAAGAUCCGUAGUCCCGCGUCGCUGGGAAGUGGAUUCUCUGCUCCGCAUCAGGACCCUCGAGCAAGUCACUUCCGCUGAAAGAAGCUUGAAGUCCCUUGCCAAACUGCUGGGUGAAAUUUCCAACAUAGUGAUCAACGACGAAGUAGGCGCAUCCAUCAACCAGGCUGUCGACAGUAUCCACCGCGCGACUGGCCUGAUGAGGCUGGGGGACCUGCUCACCGCCCACCACUACUCUCAACAGGCCUUUCUGGCGGCGGAGACUGCCUUCAUGGAGCCCAGUCUACUGGCGCUACUCUACUUCCCUGAUGACCAGAAGUACGCAAUCUACAUCCCGUUGUUCCUGCCAAUAAUGUUCCCGGUGGUUUUGUCCUUCAAGAACCUGGUGCUCUGGUUCCGAGGCAAACCAGUGCAUAAAGAGAAGACUGAUUAGAAUACUAUAUCACUAUCUGUGCUAUAUUAUAUUGCAUUGUAUGGCAAACUAGGAAGAUUGGCACUUAGGAAGAUUGUAAAUUUUUAUUGGUGAAAUAAUUUUCAAAAUCAGCUUAGAGGUUCCAGAGAUUACUUCCUACAAACAAACUUACGAAGUUUGCCUCUCUUUAUAAUAUUGGUGUUGAUAUUAUCGGUCGCACAAUAUCCCAAAAACCAUAGACAUUCUGAAUGAGUAAAUAGAAAUAGUGAAUGGUGUUCUUAAGACAGGGAGUUUGCGUGUCGCCGAUUUUUAACUACUCAUCCCUGCCCAUAUUAAAAAUGCGAAAGUGUGUUUGUUUGUUGGUUUGUCCUUCAAUCACGUCGCAACGGAAUCAACGGAUCAACGUGAUUUUUGCAUGAGUAUGGUUAAAGACCUGAAGAGUGACAAAGGCUACUUUUUCAGUAAAGUACAAAGAUUUUUUACAAAAAUCGAAAGAGUUCCUUUGGGAUUCUUAAAAACUUAAAGUCGCGGGCAUCAGCUAGUCAAACAAAGAGUUAAUGAUAAUCAGGGUAAUUGUAAACAUUUUUCAAAAAAAUACUGAACUACUGAUGCCCGCGACUUCGUUCGCGUGGAUUUAGUUCUUUACUAUUUUGACCUCGCUUGCAUUUUCGUUCGUGAUUGUAAGGGGUCCAUUGGGCUUCACUAUAUGUUUGUCAAUCAACUUUUUCAAUCGUCAGUAUUCAUGAGUGAUAUUGAUAUAACAUUAUCGUCUAAAGGUCCGCUUUAAUGAAAUAAAAUGUGCUAAUGUAAAAAAUUGUGUUUUAAAUAAAAAUUAUCAAAAAGAAUA